CAUAUCCCAAACAAAUGUUUUAAAAAGUUUUGAAAAACUUCAAAAAAAGCAUCUCCAUUUGAAAGUUUUAUGUUUUCUUUCAUGUGAAAUGUAAAAUUUUCAAGUUACUUUCUCUCAGACUUCAGAAAAGGAAGUAGGUAAAAGACCAACCCAGAAAUAACAUAAAUUCCCAAGCCAUGAGCAUGAGCUGCUACUCUGCUCUACAAGCCACAUCACCAGGGCAACAUGGCAUUUACUGGCAAAUACGAGUUUGAAGGCGAUGAGAACUAUGACGACUUUGUGACGAAGAUUGGUCUCCCCAGUGACAAAGCUGAAAUGGGAAGGAAUUGCAAAAUAGUCACCGAGGUGGUGCAAAAUGGAAAUGACUUCACCUGGACACAGCAUUUCCCAGGAGGCCGCACCACAACCAACAUAUUCACAGUUGGCAAGGAAGCAGACAUGGAGACAAUGGGUGGUAAAAAGUUCAAGGCAACUGUAAAAAUGGAAGAUGGGAAAUUAGUAGCUGAUUUUCCCAACUAUCGCCACACUUCAGAGAUUUCUGGAGGAAAGCUUGUGGAGAUUUCUACUGCUUCUGGGACAGUCUACAAAAGGGUCAGCAAAAGGAUUGCUUAAGACAGUGAAGACAGUCUCUUCCAGUGCACCAGAAAACAUUCAACAAUACAAAUAAAUAUGGACUGUCUUUCCCGCUCUCUUUCAUUGUAUUUGCAAACAUGAAGAAUUGGUUUUCAGAAUAAUGUUAUCCUCAAAAUUAAUCUUACUCCAUGCCUAAAGAUCUGACAAAUACUCAGAAAAUCAGAAUGCAAAGAUCAGAAGAUGCAACAAAGCACUGGGUGAUGCUGUCCAGUCUAAGUAUUUCAGGAUAUGAUGCAUACGUAGCAUUUUCAAAUGUUGUCUUCCACCUACUUAAUAGAAGUUCUAUUCAGCUUCUGUCUAGAGAAUAAGACAGUACUCUGCCCAAAGUGUACAUAAAAAUGCAAUACCUGUUAAACGUCUUUUGUCCUAUUACUGGUUGGAGGGCAGAAAUUUAGGAGCUUGAAAACAAGAGAAAGUCAGUGUCACUCAUUAAAGGAUAUGCUUUCAUACUGCUAUCAUGGUUUUCUCAUUGUCAUCAGUAUGCCCUCCUGACCUGAAUUCCUAGAAGAUAUUUAAGGUUUUACAGACAGGCUCUCAUGAAAAAAUGUGGAGUCCUAUUUUCUCAAUUCAGUCCUGUUAUUUACAUAAAGUGCAUAUGCAAACCUGUUUUCUUGACACAGCAGGAAUUAAAUAUAAAAGUUUUUGGA